CCCUCUCUCUUUCAAUCUCGCUCCCCGGCCGCCGAUUCCCUCUCCCGUCUCCCUCACGCUCUCUCCGAAGUCGAAGGCGACGACAAAAAAGAGGAGAGACGAGGAUGAAUCAGGGCUUGGGAACCAUGGUGGACGCGGGGGAAGGGUUCUGGAUCCGGACGGUAGCUUUCCCAGACGCGGUGGUGCGAUCAAGAUCAAGGCGUGAGCAGAGCUUGGUGUUCACCACCGACGACAAGGAGAACAUCCCCCCGUCACUGGUGGUGACAGCUCGACGCCGUGUCGGGAGAAGGAAGAGUCCUCUACCGAGUUGGUACCCUAGGACACCUCUCCGUGACGUUACGGUGGUCGUCAAUGCCUUGGAGAGGAGAAGGAUGCGUGCGACUGCAGCGAGGGUCAAGCGGAGGAACAGAAACCGUGAAAUGAAAGAGCCGGAUCAGACAUCACUCGGUGAAGCCCUCUCAUCCGAUGUUUCUGAUGCCUGGUAUGUUUCUCCAAUCGGACAUUCGCUCCAAAGCCCUUCCUCCGGCCUGGUCUCCGUCUCAACCGAUCCAUCGACAGAAGACAUGAGACCUACUGAAUUCGAGGAGAAACUGCAGAGCACCAUUGCAGAGAUGGAAAGGCUCGUGCUGAGGAACCUGAAGAGGUCGCCGGAACCGCAUGCGAAGAUGAAGAAGCCCACAAGCACUCUCCUGUCGAUGCGGUGAGUGAAACAUUUCGUUUCACCACGAUGCGAUGGGUAAAGCCAGCAACUCUGCUGCCUAUGGAGAUCCACAUGGUCUGGGACACUGUUUCUGCUUCAUCUCUUUGUUGAUCUCCUCGUGAGGACCGCUCUUCGAUCAUGCGUCCAUG